ACCUUGAUCCUUGCGGGCCACCAUCCCGGAAGUGGACUUCAGAGGAAGAAAGUGCUAGGGAUGUCGGGGAUAAAUAAGUUUCUCAAGAUUCUAGGUACGAAUUCACAGAACUUUUUGUGACGCGCGUUGGCCGGGAAGGACUCAGAAGUUUUAGUCACUGCGUCUGAAGGAGCUAGCUUCUCUGCUGAGCCCGACCUGUUUGUGGUGGAGCAGAAGGUAGCGAAGGAUGAGUGAGUCUCGGGGCUUCUAAUAAAGAGUCCAUGUGAGAGAAAGCUGGUCUGCGUUCUUCCUCGUUGGCGGUCUUAAAGAUGAGCUGAUGAUUUAGCGGCUUAGCAUGGCUCAGCGGGCAGUGUGGCUCAUAAGUCACGAACCGGGAACCCCACUUUGUGGCAUCGUCAGAUUCUCCAGACGGUUUCCAACUGUUGAAAAACGAGCCAAAGUCUUCAAUGGAUCAAGUUAUGUGCCUAUUCCUGAAGAUGGUCCCUUUCUUAAAUCACUACUCUUUGAACUUAGAUUAUUGGAUGAGGAUAAGGACUUCACAGAGAGUCGUGAUAGCUGUUCACGCAUCAAUAAGACAUCUAUCUAUGGACUUCCGGUAGGAGGUGAAGAACUCUGGCCAGUUAUUGCUUUUGUGAAGAAUGGCAUAAUACAUGCUUGUGUUCCACUAGUUGAACAAACUUUAUCCCCUCGACCACCAUUAAUUAGCAUUAGUGCAAUUUCACAAGGCUUUGAACUUCUUUUUGGGGUACAGGAUUUUCUUUACUCAGGUCAAAAAAAUGACACUGAACUAAAUACAAAAUUCAGCCAAUUGCCUGACUUGCUUCUGCAGGCAUGUCCAUUUGGAACUUUGUUAGAUGCCAACUUACAGAAUUCAUUGGAUAGUAUUAAUUUUGCUUCUGUGACUCAUCCACAAAAACAGCCAGCCUGGAAAGCUGGAACAUACAAAGGAAAACCACAAGUUUCUAUUUCUAUUACCGAAAAGGUAAAAUCCAUGCAAUAUGAUAAACGGGAUAUAGCAGAUACAUGGCAAGUCGUUGGAGCUGUCACGUGCAAGUGUGAUUUAGAAGGAAUCAUGCCAAAUGUUACCAUCAGCCUGAGCCUCCCCACCAAUGGGUCUCCACUUCAGGAUAUUCUGGUUCAUCCUUGUGUGACUUCUCUUGACUCUGCCAUUCUGACUUCUAGUAGCAUUGAUGCAAUGGAUGAUUCUGCAUUUAGUGGACCUUACAAAUUUCCAUUCACUCCACCGUUAGAGUCAUUCAACUUAUGCUACUACACUUCCCAGGUUCCUGUCCCACCAAUUUUGGGCUUUUACCAAAUGAAAGAGGAAGGAGUACAACUAAAAAUAACAGUUAAUUUAAAACUUCAUGAAAGUGUGAAAAAUAAUUUUGAAUUCUGUGAAGCUCAUAUACCGUUUUACAAUAGAGGUCCAAUCACACAUGUGGAAUACAAAGUUAGUUUUGGCCAGCUUGAAGUAUUUCGAGAAAAAAGCUUAUUGAUCUGGAUUAUUGGACAGAAGUUCCCAAAAUCAAUGGAAAUUAGCCUUUCUGGAACUAUAACUUUUGGAGCUAAGAGCCAUGUGAAGCAGCCGUUUGACCACAUUUGCAUUGGAAGUACAGCAUAUUUAAAGCUUCAUUUUAGGAUCUUGGAUUAUACACUUACUGGGUGUUAUGCGGAUCAGCAUUCAGUUCAAGUUUUUGCAUCAGGAAAACCAAAAAUAAGUACAUACCGGAAACUAAUUUCUUCGGAAUAUUACAUCUGGAAUUCUAAAGCUCCUGCUCCAGUAACAUAUGGAUCAUUAUUACUGUAAUUGUCUCAUGUUUAAAUAGAAUUUAUACAAUAGUAGCAUAGCUUAAAUCAUAGUCUUUUAUUUUUAAUGUGUAUACAUAUAACCUAUGAGUGAAAAAAAUCAUGGAAUGAUUUAAUUAUUAAAAUGCCGUUGUUUGACAUUUUCAGUCUGACAUAGUUUGAAAAAACAUUUUAAAGACUAAUGUCUCCAAUUUUGUUACCCUUUUAUUUUACUCAAAUAUGAUUCAGAGCAUAAAGCAGUAGUGAUUCAUUUUAGGCUUAUUUUAGACUAGUCAUAGAUCACCCUGCCAAUCCUGUUACUUCCUGCUCCUGUAGCCAACCUGGCUAAUCAAUCAUAUCCCUCUUUCUCCCCUGAUCCUUCUGGAUACAAGCUCAGGCUCCUCUUUAGCGCAGAGCUACACGCAGCUCUGGAUUGUAGAUGAUGUGCAAAAUAAAAUACGAUUUACUCUUCCAAACCUGAGUACUAAGUUCCUAGUACGUUGUGUUGUUACAGAAUACCAACAACCACAUUAGAAACAACUAAAUCUCUUGAAAAAACAGCCAAUGAAAACAAAGGAAAAUUGUUUAAAUAGUAACUUGUUCUUAACCAGAACUAUACUAUUGACUAAUAAAGAAUCUGCAUUAUUCUACUUAAAGUGUUUAUCUCUGUUCUAGAGUUACUUUUCAGGUAAGCUUGUUAAUCUGCCACAGUAACAUUUUGCUUAGGGUGUCUGCAAGAAUAUUAAGAGGGGUGGGAUACCUUUAGAAGAUGAACACUGUUUUGUAAUCACUUAUGUCUGCAGCCAAAUUUGUAAAGAUACAUUUAGGUAUAAUAGUGCUUUUUUCAUCUUCUAUUAUAUUAAAACUCAUUAAUGAAUGAACUCGGAUAAAAAUUCAAAAGCCAUUCUGUGGCUAGAGAGUAUCAUUUUAUCUUAUUUCAGUCUCAUAUAGCUUCUUUUCUUUAAAUUUUCACUCUCGCUUUCUUAUUAGCAUUCUCUUGGUUUCCUCAGGAACCAUCUAGUCAUACUCUUUAUUCUCUACCUAUCUUUAUAGUUAUAGGUCUCAUUUUGUUUUCAAAGCAGUUCACUUGUUAAGUUGUACUUUAAGUGACCAUUCAAGAAAAGAUGAAACCUCAAGAUCCUCAAAACUGAAUCCAUGUCAAGUGCCUUUUUACAGAACAGAAUUAGAAGCAUUAUAAAAAAUGUUACAGACUAAUAUUCAAUUAAAUUAUAUCUUGGUUUCUAUUUUUUAAUGAGUCUCUUAAAGCUUAGAAAAAGCUGCUGGCUCCUUGAAAGAGAGCUAUGAGAGUUUGAAGGGAUAUUGCAUAUAAAUUUAGGAUUUGAAAUAUGGUUUUUUUAAAUUAAGGUCAAUCCUACUCAUUAUAAACUCAUUUUCUGCAAGGCAUUAUCAUGCCACAUGUUCUCUGUGCAGAAUCAUCCCAAGCAACAAAGGAAAUGGAAUAACUGUCUGACCAGGACUUUAAUUUGUUAUUCUAGCCUAAUCAUAAAUAAUCAGUUAUAAAAACUUUCCAUUUGAAAGAAUAAAAAAAUCAUUCCCCUAAAGUUUUUCGAUCUCUUAAACUCAAGGAAAGCUUAACAUUUAACUUACGUUAAUAUUAAUGAAGCCAUUUGGACAUCUUGAUUGUAUAAAUGUUUAGCAAAGUACACUAAGAUAAGCAGGAGGCAUUUAUCUAGUGAGUAGGCAGAGAUUCAGUAUAAUAAUACCCUAAGGAAAACUUUCUUUAUAAGCAAUCAGAAGAACCAGUGAAUCUUUGGUUUGACAUUUCUAGAAAGCUGAGGAAAAUCUAGGGAGUAAUGGAAAAGUAUGGGGGCGAUGGGCAACCUGAUGCCAUCUGUUGCCAUUCCAUUCUAACAUAACGCUACAGAACUAAAAUCAACUCAUGUUUUCACCCUGUUGAGAUCAGCUGGACACACUGUGAUGCUUUUGAUUUUGUCUAGAAAUCUGUCACUUCAGGAUAAUUUCUGAAGACAAAGUCUGCUUCCCGUUUGGUAGGUGACCUGUUUAAUGUUUUCCCUGUGUCUGGGAACUCCUUAGUGUAAUUAGCGACCUUUGAACUCCACAACUAAUCCUGAGCUAUUUUGUAUUCCUUACUCAUCUUUAAGGCUGGACCUUUCUUUUCUUCCAACUCCGCUGCCACAAUUAAAGAAGAAACAGCUGCAUUUCAAAGGGAUUCCGAUUCCAGAAGCUUAAUCGUGAUUGACGUGUUCUUAUUCUAAGCUAUAAGACACUCUAAGAGUCCUUUCUUGGGUUAAAACUUCAAUCAUUUUCUAAAAAAAUUAUCUCACUAUGGAUUUUAUUCAUUUUCUUUGAUAACUAUUCUUUGCAUUUUUUAACUUGAAAGAUGCUUUGCGUUUGCAGUGAAUAUGAGCACCUACUUCCAAUUAGAUUUGGAUGGUGUCAGACCUACUCUAGAUGCAAAAUUGCUAAAUUCCCUUUUAGUGUCAAAAUAUGAUUAUGAAAUCUGAUGUAUAUCAUAUGAGUAAUUAUUCUUCAGCAGACCCAAAAGGUUAAAAAAGUGUUAAAUUUCUGGAAAUGUACUCCAGAAAAGAGAGUUUAUGAAUUUGGUAAAACCCUUUUUUUCUUCAAUUUUUACUAAACAAUAUUUUUUAAACUUUUAAGCUGGCAGUAUCCUUUCAGUGGUAGGCAGUUUUUUUUUUACUUUUUAAAUGAUUUAAAUUUCAGGUUUGAAGUAAUGGCCUCAGAAAAUUUUUUGUUCAAAAAAAAUUUUUUGAUUAAACAUUUGUAUAAAAUUUAAUUUUUUUACACCAGCUCAGUAUUUCUGAUGAGCUAAAAUUAUUGCGAUUUUAUAUAUUUUAUGAUUUAAGAUCUUUCAAAGCACAAUUUUAUAAAUAAUAGCAACUGCUAAUAUUUUUCUUCUAUUUUCUUCUUACAGUAUUCCAAACUACUUUAUAGACAUUCGUAGACUCCUGCACCACUCCUGGGAGGUAGAUAGGUCCAGUUUUCAUUGAGUCUCUUCGGGGACCGCUGCCACAGCAGUACGGUUGUUUCUAAGACAAAGGUCAGAAAAGGGAUGUUAAUAAACAGUCGUCAGGUUUAAGGGACUUUUUUAGGAUUACAUCUUAAAUUCCAACAAAUCAGAUUUAGGAGUUACUGAAAGUGAAAUUGAUCCAUCCCUCAUCCAAACUUUGCAAUACUUUCCUGUUCUGACAUCAUUUAGAUAGUUAGCUGUAUUAUCAGAUUAGAAACCAUUGUACCAGGCUGCUGAAAGGAAAAGAAGGCAAAAAGCUAAACAUGGGAUGAAUUCUGAACCUUUUAACCUGGCUGAAGUAUGUUGGUCCCUGUUAUGCAAAUACCUUCAAUCCUCUGCUAAGUUCAGUGGAAAUAAUUUUCUUGAAUGACAGGUUUAUUCAGCAAGGAUUCAGUUGGUGAUUAAUCCCCCUUUGAUCUAGGGUAUUUCACUUAACUACCAGUUACCUCUUUCUGACAAAGUGCAACUGAGAUUAGGGAGAUCACUAGAACACUACUAGGGUGUGCGUUUAUUCUCUCUAACCUUUUAAAGCAAGGGCCAAGAAUGCAAUUUAUUUUCUGUAUUUGAAGAUGUAAAGUCCUGUCUGCUAAGUUAGAAAGUCAAUUGAAUACCAAAUGAAGUUUAUUUCUUACGUAAUAGAACAAACAUUUCUUUUUGCUUUGCUUAACAUGAUUUUUAGGAAAAUAUAUGCUUUGGAAAAAAAAAACUACAUUCUAAGGUAUUUCUUCUAGUUUUGUUUCAUGUACUAGAGUGUAUUCUUAUUGGCCCAGAGAUAACCUAAAAAUCAAAGCAGUGGCUAUAACUUAGGUUGAGAAUAUGCUUCUAUUUUAUUAAACUGCAUGGUUUCUUCCCACCCUCCCCAUUAAAAAAAAAAAUGUCAUGCUAUGUGGUAAAGAAAUCCAAUUGGGGAAAAUAUGUAAUACACAAUUAUUCCUAUCGUGAGACUUCUGAUUUCAAAGCUUCAUUUGUUAACUUUCCCCUUUCUUGAGGAAAAGAACUUGUUAUGUUGCCAUCAUAAUAAUUGCAUUCAUUUUCAGAAUGAUUUUUUUCAUAAAUGUAAAUGAUGCCAUUACAAAAAUACUUCUAAGUAAUUAUUUUAAAUUAUUAAAAUAACCAUUUUCCACAGUAUUGUUUACUAUUUUUUCUGCCCCUUUUUUUUUUCAUUUGACUGGGUACUACUUUUUUCAUCACUAAAUUUUGAAAUAGUCUGGAAUUUUGCACAAUAUUUUAAGAAUAAAAUUUUAAGGUGUGUUUCAUGCUAGUCUCAAAAAAUUCUCCUUUUUAAAAAAAACUUACCAAUGUUAAUGUCAAUAUUUAUCUUGCAAGAUACAAAAUUUGGGUUAUCUAGUCCUGACAUAUAUUUCAAGUUCCUUAAAGAAACAUAAUUGUAACAAAAUUUGUUUUUAAUUAUUAAAUUAUAAAGCCUUUUUAAAAUGCUUUAUAAUUAUUCAUUAUUCUAGUAGCAAUUUGCAAUACAAGUUAUGUAUUUUCAUAAUUCUCUUAUAUAUUUUUUUUUAGCUCAAACUUUUUGUGACCCAAUUUCUAAAUUAAAACGACUCAAAAAAGUACAUGUGUAACUUACCUUGGUACCCAACCAGGCUCUCUAGUUUCAAUUUAGUAACCAAACUGUUUCCAAAUAUCUUUGAUAGCAAGUUACUUAACAGCAGUAAAAUUGAAGGUCAGAAAAAA